AUGGUAUCUAAGGUCGCCCUUAUAGGGAUCUUGUUUCCCAUCAUCAUCUAUAUUUGCGUGGCCGCCAUCUUUCUCUUUGUCCUGGGAUGCGCACUGUACGUUUGCGUUGCAAACUUUCGUCAAUGCAUUCGAAAGAUGUAUCGGAAGCUCAAACCCCUCUACUGGCCAGAACAGACCUUCAACUUUCUUGGCCUGCCGCCUGAGAUCCGCAUGAAUGUUUAUCGCUACACACUUCCAACAGAUGGCAUCUACUACCUGACUGCCCGCAAAAUGAGGACCUAUGACCGCCGCCUACAAGAGGUAUUGAACAACGAAAUUGUUCAUCCUCCACCGUCUCUCCUUCGCGUCUGUCGCCUGGUCUACAAAGAGCUCUGGUCGAUAAUAUACAAGAAAUGCGUCUUCUAUAUCACGAUCUAUUCCAUCAGGGACCUUCUCUAUACCCUGGACCUUUUCGACAGAUACACAAACACCACUACUCCCCAUUCGACUGACAUCUUCUAUCACAUGAAGAACAUCCGUAUCAGAAUCAACGACCUCAUCCUAAACAUCCACCCACUUCAGUGCGGCUCGAAGAUGAUUGCAGAGCUCAGCCAGACAACUCAGCUCUGGUCAGGCCCUGGUAAUUUGCUCUUGCAAGACAGAUAUCGAGCUGCGAUACUGGUAAGGAUGUUUCACGGCCGUGGGGUGGCCGUCUUAGAACAUGUUGAAGCUGCAUGCUUGAAGGGUUUUGUCGCUGCCGUGCUGCGUAUCGAUGUACUGAACAAGCGCGAGUUAAUCAAGAUGUUACCGUGGUAUCAACGCCGUCUCAGUCGUCACAAGUCGUCUACCUCGCCUGUCUGA